CUCCAGCAUGGGCUCCUCGGCGGCUGCAGCACGCUCUCUGCGGCUCUCUGCGCUCCUCUCCGGGUCACUGCCGGCGGCCGGUCACACGGCCUGUGUGUCCCGGAGGAAGCUGAACGUCCAGGCGGCCACCAGCACCUCUGAGGCGGGGAAGCUGAAGAGCAUCGAUGAGCUGCCUGGACCCAGUUUAUCCACCACUCUGUACUGGUUGUUCAUCAAAGGAUACGCAGACAAGAGUCACCUCCUGCAGGAUUUACAGAAGAACAUUUACGGGCCCAUCUGGCGCUCCAGGUUCGGCCCGUACGACAUCGUCAAUGUGGCGACUCCGGAGCUGAUAGCUCAGGUGAUCCAACAGGAGGGGAUGUACCCGAUCCGAGCCGAGCUGCCUCACUGGAAGGAGUACCGGGACCUGAGAGGACAGGCCUACGGUCUGCAUGUGGACACGGGACCGCAGGGCUACCGAAUCCGCAGCGCCCUGAACCCCAAGAUGCUGAAGCUGCGGGAGGUGUCGGCCUACGCCCCCAUCAUCCACCAGGUAGUCGGAGAUCUGCUGUGUCGCAUCGAGCUCCUCCGAAGUCGCAGCCAGGACCAGGCCACAGUUUCAGAUAUCGCUGCUGAGCUCUACAAGUUCGGCUUUGAAGGUAUCUCCUCCAUCUUGUUUGAGACCAGGUUGGGCUGCCUGCAGGAGGAGAUUCCCCAAGACACGCUGCGCUUCAUCCACGCCCUCAACGACAUGCUGACGAUGUCCGAGACUGUGGUCCUGUUGCCUCGCUGGAGCCGCGGCAUCCUCCCCUUCUGGAAACGCUUCAUCCAGGCCUGGGACGACAUCUCUGACGUAGCUCAGACCCUCAUCAACAGGAGGAUUGCAGAAAUUGAGGCGCAAGUUAACAGUGGUGAGGUGGUGGAGGGCAUGUACCUGACCCACCUGCUGUCCUCUGACAGGCUGAGCAGAGCCGAGGUCUACGUCACCAUCACGGAGCUGCUGCUGGGAGGCGUUGACACGACCUCCAACACCCUGUCGUGGGCGAUGUACCACUUGGCGAGGGACCGCAGGGUUCAGGAUCGCCUGUACACAGAGGUGAACGCCGUGUGUCCGGACAGACGGGAGCCGACCACGGACGACCUGAGCAGGAUGCCCUACCUGAAGGCCGUCAUCAAGGAGACGUUACGCCUCUAUCCUGUGGUGCCUGGAAACGGACGCUUUAUUUCAGAGAAUGAGGUCAUUGUGGGGAACUACUGGUUGCCAAAGAAGACUCAGUUUCACCUGUGUCACUACGCAGCCUGUCACGACAAAGCGGAGUUCGUCGACCCGGAGCUCUUCAUCCCGGAGCGGUGGCUCCGUGCCGAGAUGCCCGGCAGCACCUGUGGCAGGGCGGCGGCAGGCUGCUACCAGCACCACCCGUACAGCUACAUCCCCUUCGGUGUCGGGGUGCGAGCCUGUUUGGGGAAGAGAGUGGCCGAGAUGGAGAUGCACUUUGCUCUGUCCAGGCUGAUGCAGCACUUUGAGGUCCAGCCUGAACCCGGCGCGCCGGUCGUGGAGGCGAAAACUCGGACCCUGCUCAUCCCGGCGAAGCCCGUCAACCUGCGCUUCCUGUCCAGAGCCUGAGGACGCUCCACAGCAGCACAGGUGGUCAUGACAACCAGGCUGUGGACAGUUUAGUGUGAGCGCCACCGGGCUCUGCUCUGUGGAGGAAGCGGUGCAGAGGAGAGCUGUGACACGUCUGCUGCUUUGACAGCAGGUUCACGGUCACUUGUACAUACUAAUAUCAGAGGAGGUGAAUGGGGACCACAAUAAAACGUCCUCUGUUCAGCUGCACUCUGCAACAGCACUUUUGUCUGAUACUCUGCUGAAAAUGCUGCGACACAAAUAAAAUAUAUAUAUUUUUAACAUA